AUGGAUCGGCUUCGGGACCUGAUUGACCUGUACUUUCUCCGCGUUCAUACCGUUCGUUGCUUCGGCUUUAUACAUAUCCCAACCUUCAUGCGGCGGUUGAAAUCAGCUGAGAAGAUUUCAUCGGAGAAAUCCGGGCUCGUUUAUAUCAUGUGCGCGCUAGCUGCACCCUUUUACUACGCCGAGAAGCACUGCACGAGCAGAGAUGGUCUUAAAAGCAAUGUGCAGUACUUCGACGCAGGCCGAGGCUGGGCCGAGGCUGCGAGGCACUGUCUCUUUACACAGUUUGGAGACAUGGGAAUCGAGAGCAUAAUGACCGAGGUUCUGUUGCAUGAAUACUACCUUCGGGUAGGAGAGUAUGCCAAGGGGUUCAUGGUUUCAGGGCAAAUUACUCGACAUCUACAAGUUGUCCAGCUCAAUAUGGAGCGGGACUCGGAUGUAUUGUGUCAGAGAAACCCAGCUUCAUGUCACGUCAAGGAGAGUAGAAGAAGGCUGGCGUGGGCCUGCUACCUGCUGGAUUCAUUGAUUGAAUGCGGAAUCGAUCAACUUCGACUCAUCCCGUACGACGAUAUCCAGGUCCAGCUGCCUUGCACCGAAGAGCUCUUCAUCACAAACACCCCAUGCAUUACGGAGAUGUUACCUCCGGGCAAGCUUCUCCCUUCGGUCCACCCAGCACUUGGUAUAGAUUUUUCCGCUCACCUCGAUCUAAGGGCUUACUACCUGCGAGCUACGAGUAUUCGAUCCAGGCUUUUGAAAUAUGUGAAACAUCUGGAAGGCGAAGUACCGUGGGCGGAGGACAACACUUCACGAUUUGCUCAGCUCAACAAUGAGUUGCAAACACUCGAGGACUCUAUCCCCGAGAAUAUGAGAAUAUCGGCCGAGAACAUGUACCUAUUCAAAGGCUCUGGACGGCUGAAUCUGUACUUUGGCUUGCAUAUCUUGAUUUCUCAAAAUUUCCAUGACCUAUACCGAGUCGGCGUCUCCAAUCUUGUCUUCCCCAACACCGCAACAGGCUGGAUCCGCGAGAAUGCCCCGGAAGACUUCAUCAGGCGCUGCCAUCAGGUAUGCGCCACCAAAUCCGCCUAUAUUGCCUCUCUCCUGGGCGAUCUUUGGAAUUGCCACAAGGCCAGCCUUGUCGAUUGGCCCUACGCUAUGCACACACAAGUCUGCAGCAGCGUCAUCGUCACCACCAUUAUCUCGUGGGGUCGCCCGGAGCCUCUACUUCCUCAACUAUCCCAUCUCGACUACCAAGCGAUGCUGCAGCGAAAUGUAGUAAUAUUGCAGUAUCUCCAGCGCUUUAUGAAGGUCAGCAUGUACUGCGAGUCAGCCGUCCAAGCCCUCAAACGAUUCAACGCGCUAUACGUUCCAGAUUCCCCAGAUUUCGCUAACUCGUCGACGAACGGACUCCUGUCUGCCAACCAUGGCAACUCUUCCAAUCCCUCCUCGCUGGAAUAUAUUCUGAAUCCUCUGGGUACAUAUCCAAUGGCUCGGAAGCAGGCGCAGACGCAGGAUUCAUCUACGCCCGAUGAAACAGAGGAGGGCACACCAGCACCGCAAGUACUGGCUUCGGUGGAGGAAACAAGGCUGGCCGCAGUGGAGCCAGGCGGUUGUCCAAGUCCGAGUGGCAUUUUCUCAGGCCACUUCUUGGACUGGGAGGCAGACAUGUCCAUCUUCCCGGGGUUGGGAUAUCCCACCUUUCUUGACCAGUUUCCCAUCGAGGUGCCGAAAGAUCUGAACUUGCCUUGA